AUGAAUCCAUGUUCGAUAGCUACACCUCAGCAGGAUACUGAAGGCGAUGGAAGAUGGAACAGCAUUCACAACAGAUUUCUUUCUGAUGCGAAAGGAAAAGAUGCUGAUGUGAUCUUUAUAGGUGAUUCUAUAUUGCAAGCCUUAGAACAUACUGAAGUUUGGAACCAAUGGUUUGCUCCAUUACACUGCCUUAAUUUUAGUAUCCAUAGGGACCAAACACAAAAUGUGCUCUGGCGUAUAAGGAAUGGAGAGCUGGACCAUGUCGACCCUAAAGUAAUUGUCUUGCACGUAGGUACUAACAACGUAGAACAUACAGCAGAACAGAUAUGUGAUGGAAUCCUAGAAAUUAUACAUACAAUUCAAGAGAAACAUCCCAAUGUUUAUGUUGUUAUACCUAGCCUCCUUCCUCGGGGACAACAUCCUAAUUUAUUAAGAGAAAAAAAUUUAAAAAUUAAUCAGUUACUUAGAGAAAAAGUUGCAAAUAUGAAAAAAGUAGAAAUGGUAUUUAUUGAUAAAGGUUUUAUCCAAAGUGAUGGAACAAUAAGCCACCAUGAUAUGCAUGAUUAUCUAAUACCUAGCAAUGCUGCAUGUAGGAAAGCAUUUGAACCUGUUCAUGAUAUUUUACAUCAGAUUCUGUCAGAAGGAGAACCCGAAAAGGAUUUAACACCUUCUGAAUGA